CUCCCCUCCGCCCACUCUCGCCGCGGUCUCCUGGCGGCUGUGGCUUUGUCUCCUGGGCUGCUGGCCGCUGCCCGGGGCAGCUGCCACCCGUGGCCGGGCCGGGGCGCGGGAGCUGUCCGGCGCCCCCGGUGCUGAAACCCCCGCGCGCGCGUCCCGCUCCAGCGCCAGCACCAUGUAAGGGCCAUGCGCCCUGGCGCAGCGCGGACAUGGAGGAGGAUUUGUUCCAGCUCAGGCAGCUGCCGGUGGUGAAAUUCCGGCGCACGGGAGAGAGUGCCAGGUCAGAGGAUGACACGGCUUCGGGGGAGCACGAGGUCCAGAUCGAAGGGGUCCGCGUGGGCCUAGAGGCCGUGGAGCUCGACGAUGGGGCUGCUGUGCCCAAGGAGUUUGCCAAUCCCACCGACGAUACGUUCAUGGUGGAAGAUGCGGUGGAAGCCAUUGGGUUUGGAAAAUUCCAGUGGAAGCUGUCCGUCCUCACCGGCUUGGCUUGGAUGGCCGACGCCAUGGAGAUGAUGAUCCUGAGCAUCCUGGCGCCCCAGCUGCACUGCGAGUGGCGGCUCCCCAGCUGGCAGGUGGCCCUGCUGACCUCGGUGGUCUUCGUCGGCAUGAUGUCCAGCUCCACGCUCUGGGGGAACAUCUCGGACCAGUACGGCCGGAAAACAGGGCUGAAGAUCAGCGUGCUAUGGACCCUGUACUACGGCAUCCUCAGUGCAUUCGCGCCCGUGUACAGCUGGAUCCUGGUGCUCCGGGGCCUGGUGGGCUUUGGGAUCGGAGGGGUCCCUCAGUCGGUGACGCUGUACGCCGAGUUCCUGCCCAUGAAAGCCCGCGCUAAGUGCAUUUUGCUGAUCGAGGUGUUCUGGGCGCUCGGGACGGUGUUCGAGGUGGUCCUGGCCGUGUUUGUGAUGCCCAGCCUGGGCUGGCGGUGGCUACUGCUCCUCUCGGCUCUCCCGCUCCUCCUUUUCGCGGUCCUGUGCUUCUGGCUGCCCGAGAGUGCGAGGUACGACGUGCUGUCCGGGAACCAAGAGAAGGCCAUCGCCACCUUAAAAAGGAUAGCGACGGAGAACGGUGCCCCCAUGCCGCUGGGCAAGCUCAUCAUCUCCAGACAGGAAGACCGAGGCAAAAUGCGGGACCUUUUCACGCCCCAUUUUCGGUGGACAACCCUGUUGCUGUGGUUUAUAUGGUUCUCCAAUGCCUUUUCUUACUACGGAUUAGUUCUGCUCACCACCGAGCUCUUCCAGGCCGGAGACGUCUGCAGCAUCUCCAGCCGGAAGAAGGCCGUGGAGGCCAAGUGCAGCCUGGCCUGUGAGUACCUGAGCGAGGAGGACUACAUGGACCUCUUGUGGACGACGCUGUCCGAGUUCCCAGGUGUCCUGGUCACCCUGUGGAUCAUUGACCGCCUGGGCCGGAAGAAGACCAUGGCCCUCUGCUUCGUCGUCUUCUCCCUCUGCAGCCUCCUGCUGUUCGUCUGUGUUGGAAGAAACAUGCUCACUCUGUUACUCUUCAUUGCAAGAGCGUUUAUUUCUGGAGGCUUCCAGGCAGCCUAUGUUUACACACCUGAGGUGUACCCCACAGCAACGCGGGCACUGGGCCUGGGCACCUGCAGUGGAAUGGCAAGAGUGGGGGCCCUCAUCACCCCCUUCAUCGCUCAGGUGAUGCUGGAAUCCUCCGUGUACCUUUCCCUGGCGGUUUACAGUGGCUGCUGCCUGCUGGCUGCCGUGGCCUCCUGCUUACUGCCCAUCGAGACAAAAGGCCGUGGACUACAGGAGUCCAGCCACCGGGAGUGGGGCCAGGAGAUGGUGGGCCGAGGGACGCACAGCCCGGGCGUCAUCAGGUCGAACUCUGGCUCGCAAGAAUAGUGACCGGGGGAGCGUGGGGGGUUGGGCUGGUC